GUAAAACAUUUGGGGGUGUGCGAUCCGUCACAGUACCUUGGAAAGUCCCCGCGCACCUAGUCCACCUCCAUCUCUCUCGAUCGCACUGCAUCUUCAGUCACAGCCGUCGCCGCCGCUAGGCGCUAGCUCCGACUAAGGCGGCACCACCAUCACCUCACCCUUCUCAGUCCAAUGGCAGGGUCAGGGAGUUCCAUGGUAUACUCCUUCCUUCUGUUUACCGUUGUUCUUUCCCUUCAAGAAAUGUACAGAGGGAAGUUGGCGUCCUCGGAGUUGUUCACGAUACUCGGAGGGUUCACUAGUUCUAUCAUAUUCCUUGUCCUGCUUACAUUCAUUGGCAACUUCCAGGAAUCCUGUGGCGUGAGAACUGGUUGGGGUGCUGUUAUACUGGCUGAAGCAGUAGCUCUCAUUGCUGCCGGCACUGUUCACCGAGUUUGUAUCACAACCUGCUUCUUGUUCUCAGCUGCUCUGCUUUACGAAGUCAACAAGAUUUCAGGGUCGGCACUUUCUAAGAGCGAAUCUAAGACAAGGAGGCACUGAGUUGUUCCUCUUUCUAGGUUUUGUCAGAAUACUGAUGAAAAUUCCCUUAAAUGCAUUAGAUAUUGCAAACAUGAUAGACAAGAACUAGAAUGUUACCAUUUGGAUUUUUCUUUCUUUUCCUUAUUUUUUUAUGGCGAUAACCUGCGGUAGUGAGCACAAUUCAUGUUUGUACUGAAGUCCUAGAGUCUCAUUUGAGCUUCUAUAUGCGCACUUUUAUCUUUCA